AUGUUUUUUCCCAUCAUAUUGAAUAUUGCUGGAUUGGCGCUAUGUCAGAAUUAUCGAGCGAAUGUCAAAUUGACUGCAGUUGGGACCACAUUUCAACCAUCCAAUCCAAUUGAACUGCUGGGCUCAAUUUCUAAUACCAAGUCAGUUAUCCAUUGUUCUGCUUACUGUAAUCAAAAUGUACAAUGUCGCACAUUUGGCGUUAAUUUGUUGUCAUUAAGCUGUAGUUUAUACGAAGGUCAUAUCACGACAGGUUCAGUGGUCGCUUCCUCGUCUUUAUCACAAAGCUCAUUCGUCGGUGGUUUUAUCUACGAAUCGGCACUAUUUCUUAAUUAUAAUCAGACGUGUUCCACGGCGAUAAAUCGUUAUUUGGUCUGCGUAGGAGCCAGACUUGUUUGUCCUAUAAAUACGUUUUGGAACGGGUCCAUCUGUGUUAAUCAAUUUUAUGGCAAUACACUUUGUCAACUUGAUAUUCAAUGCCGUGGCGAUUUAACACUAAUUUGUUCGAUUAACAGUAGUACUUGUGUCUGUAAUUCGACACGUUACUAUUGGGACGGUACAAGGUGUGCACUAUGCACAAAUCUCGUCUGUUAUACUCAAUUAUACUUUAUUGAAAAUCAAAGUGCAGCACCAUGGACCUACUUUUCUUACUUGUAUUUGGCCUUUAACACACCUGUGACUUUAGAGUUUUCAUUUCGUAAUGAUAAUUUAUACUGGUGGCUCGAUGAUGUUAGUGUUAAUAAGAUUGGCAACACGACAGAUUUGAUCAUCAACGGCGGGUUUGAGACGGAUGACUUCACAGGAUGGGAUUUGGAAAACCCUUAUGGAAUAUCAUUUGGUGGUAGAGUCGUAAAUGACGCUGCCAGUCAUACUGGAACGUAUUAUUAUUGUGAUGGAGCAACGGGUGCCGCCGAUUUCCUAAGUCAAACGUUUAAUGUGAUAAUAGGAGCAACGUACAAUGUGACCUACUGGCUCAAAGGGGAAGGCUCCAGUCCUUCUCUGGCAAAUGUAACAAUAAAACCAUAA